AUGGUGAUACAAGCACAGAGCGCUCGCACCUCUAAUAGUGCCCAUAAUGAGGCCAUCCUGGCCGCACCAUUCAACAUCCGCCUCCUAGGCGAUCCCACGGUCGUCCUUACGAUCGAUGAGCAGCUGCUUUCGGCCCUACCGGCAUGCUACAUGAACCAGUCUGACGACCUAGACGUCCCAGAGCUCAGUGAUGCCUACAUCUGGCGAAUAUUAGACGUGGAUCGUCUAGAUCAACUUGCACGAUGGUUGUGGAUGGCCGGUCGGCCCAGACCACCUCUACCUCUGCACAUCCAAGUCUCCGCGAACCCCGAGAUCCUUCUAACGGAGAGAAUCCAGAAGCAUCUAGUUUGGAACCACCGCGGCAUAUUCAUAAAACCAAUGCCGCGCCUCCUCCUCGAGCCCCAUUUCUGGGACCGUCAUCUCUCGUGCCUCAAGGACUGUCUCUGCUCGGACGAUGGGACAGAGCAGUGCGACCGCCGAAAAGCGUACCGGAGUGCACGCGGUUUCCUCUUUUCCUACGCGGCACUCGUGCGCUUCGAAGGAGACUUCUUGAUCGCCAAGGACAAGAACCUUCUGCCAUCUGAAGUCACCUGGGGAGCGUGGCGAGAAUUCGUCCGGCAGACCCUUGCUAGCGAGAGUAUCUACGAGGAGAUUAGCCCGCGAUUCGUCUUCGGCGAGCUCGAUACCCGCAUUUUGACAAGAAUGCUAAACGCCUGGAGUUCUUGGAGCGGACAGAUACGAUAUGAGAGGUACGGGUUUCGAUAUGGGUCUUUCUUCCGCGACAGCUUCUCCGUCCUCGCCACUAUCACCGUCUUCAUUGCUAUCGUCCUGACCGCCAUGCAGGUCGGGCUGGCGACCACACUGCUAAGUGACAAUGCGACUUUUCAGUCUGUGUCUUAUGGUUUCACUGUAUUUUCCCUCGUGGCUCCUCUUACCGUUGCAGCAGUUGUUUUCUAUUUAUAUUCGAUGAUGUUGUUCUUCACGUGGGCGGGAAGAUAUCGAUACAAGAGCAUCAGGCUGCGUGCCAUCCAUAAGACAUUGGAGAAAUCCUGA